AUGGCGGCGGCAGCUGCGGGGGACUCAGAUUCCUGGGACGCGGACACGUUCUCCGUGGAGGACCCGGUGCGGAAGGUGGGGGGCGGCGGCACUGCCGGCGGGGACCGCUGGGAAGGCGAGGACGAGGACGAAGACGUCAAGGAUAACUGGGAUGAUGAUGAUGAAGAAAAGAAAGAAGAAACUGAAGAAAAGCCAGAAGUAAAAGUUUCAGAAAAGAAAAAAAUAGCAGAGAAGAUCAAAGAAAAAGAACGGCAACAAAAGAAAAGGCAAGAAGAAAUUAAAAAGAGGUUAGAAGAACCUGAAGAAACUAAAGUGCUAACACCAGAAGAACAACUAGCAGACAAACUGCGACUAAAGAAAUUACAGGAAGAGGCAGACCUUGAAUUAGCAAAAGAAACUUUUGGUGUUAAUAAUACAGUUUAUGGACUAGAUGCUAUGAACCCAUCUUCAAGAGAUGACUUCACAGAGUUUGGGAAGUUACUAAAGGAUAAAAUUACACAAUAUGAAAAGUCACUAUAUUAUGCCAGCUUUUUGGAAGCCUUAGUUCGGGAUGUGUGUAUUUCAUUGGAAAUUGAUGACUUAAAAAAGAUUACCAAUUCAUUGACUGUGCUUUGCAGUGAAAAACAGAAGCAAGAAAAGCAAAGCAAAGCAAAAAAGAAGAAGAAAGGUGUGGUUCCUGGAGGGGGAUUAAAGGCUACCAUGAAGGACGAUCUGGCAGACUAUGGUGAUGUGGUUCUGUUUGGCGUUUUACAACUCGGACUACAAAAAUCCCCCAGUGUGUUACUCCACUUUGAUCAUGGACAUCUGUCAGUGCUCACAUCAGUACAGGGAAAAAGGCACCAAGAAGAUCUUGGCAGCAGUCGCCCUCAAGCCAUCUGA